GUCUAUUGGUCACCCAUUUUAAGAGACAAAGGUCGGAAAGAAAGACUUAUAAAUUAAAUUUACCGCGACACAUCCAAUUCAGCGUCGCACGAGACAAGAGGCACUUCUACAGGAAUAAAAAGAAAAAAAAAUCAGAAGAGCAUGGCACAAAAAGAGAAGCUUCAGUGCCUGAAGGACUUCCAUAAGGACACUCUGAAGCCAUCCCCGGGGAAAAGUCCUGGCACCCGACCUGAGGAUGAGGCUGAGGGCAAACAUCCUCAGAGAGAGAAGUGGGCCAGCAAGCUUGAUUUUCUUCUGUCUGUGGCUGGAGGCUUUGUUGGGUUAGGAAACGUCUGGCGUUUCCCAUACCUUUGCUAUAAGAAUGGCGGAGGUGCAUUUCUCAUCCCAUACUUCAUUUUCCUGUUUGGUGGAGGCCUACCUGUGUUUUUCCUGGAGGUGGCUCUUGGCCAGUUCACCUCUCAGGGAGGAAUCACUUGUUGGGAAAAAAUCUGCCCCAUCUUUACUGGUAUCGGCUAUGCUUCCAUCGUGAUCGUUUCCCUACUGAACAUCUACUACAUUGUGAUUUUGGCUUGGGGCUUGUAUUACCUGUUCCAGUCCUUCCGUCCUGACCUUCCCUGGGCCAGCUGCAAUAAUGCCUGGAACACAGAAAACUGUAUAGAGGACACACUCCGCAAGAAUAUGAGUCUAGAGGGGUCUGCCCAUAACACCAACUUCACGUCACCUGUCACUGAGUUCUGGGAGCGCAACGUCCUCAGUAUUUCUGAUGGCAUUGAGAACAUGGGCUCUGUUAAAUGGGACCUGGCUUUAUGUCUCCUUGCUAUGUGGGUCAUCUGUUUCUUCUGCAUAUGGAAGGGAGUGAAGUCCACAGGAAAGGUUGUGUACAUCACGGCAACCUUCCCAUUUGUCAUGCUGGCUAUCCUCCUUAUCCGGGGUGUCACACUUCCUGGGGCAACUGAGGGCAUCAAAUUCUAUCUGUAUCCAAAUGUCACCCGUCUGCAGGAUCCCGAGGUUUGGAUUGAUGCAGGGACACAGAUUUUCUUUUCCUAUGCCAUUUGUCUGGGAGCAAUGACAUCACUGGGGAGCUACAACAAGUACAAAUACAACUGCUACAGGGACUGUUUGCUGCUGGGAGGCCUGAACAGCGCUACCAGUUUUGUGUCUGGCUUCGCAAUAUUUUCCAUCCUGGGCUUCAUGGCACAAGAGCAAGGGGUGGACAUUGCCGAUGUGGCAGAGUCAGGUCCUGGCUUGGCCUUCAUUGCUUACCCUAAAGCUGUGACGAUGAUGCCACUGCCUACAUUUUGGGCCAUUCUUUUCUUCAUCAUGCUUCUGCUACUAGGUCUCGACAGUCAGUUUGUUGAAGUGGAAGGACAGAUCACCUCACUGGUGGAUUUGUAUCCAUCCUUCCUACGGAAGGGUUACCGUCGAGAAAUCUUCAUAGCUAUAAUAUGCUUUAUCAGCUACCUGCUGGGACUUACCAUGGUCACUGAGGGUGGCAUGUAUGUGUUUCAGCUCUUUGACUACUAUGCAGCCAGUGGUGUGUGCCUUUUGUGGGUUGCAUUCUUUGAAUGCAUUGCAGUAGCCUGGAUUUAUGGUGCUGAUAAUUUCUAUGAUGCAAUUGAGGACAUGAUUGGAUACAGACCAAAUCCUUGGAUGAAGUGGUGCUGGACUGCAAUCACACCUUUUCUUUGUGUGGGAUGCUUCAUUUUCUCUUUGGUCAAAUACAAGCCUCUGAAGUACAACAAAAUCUAUGAGUAUCCGGACUGGGCCGUUGGUUUGGGCUGGACCCUUGCUCUCACCUCCAUGAUUUGCAUCCCUAUGGUGGUUGUGAUCAAGAUCAUCCAGUCUGAAGGCCCUCUCAUUGAGAGGAUUAAAGCAGUGGCAGCUCCAGUGCGAGGCAGUACAAAUCCAUGUCCUCAGGAGUACCGACCCAAGGGCUCAGAAAUAGCACAUCCCCUUGACCCCAAUGGGAACAACGGCUCGAUCAAGCCCAGCCACACUAUUGUAGAAACCAUGAUGUCGUGACUGUCUUGAAUUUCGAGCCCAAGUGUGGAAAUGCUCUCAUGAUGAGUUCAUCUCUCUCCACUUUACCUCGAUCUCACGGAGGAGUUCUGACUGCCCACACGUCUCCAAGUCUUCCAGGGCCUGGCACCAGAAGUUGUCCUCAUGGUCCAGCACGAUGCCAUCAGCAUGAGUCUGGCUGGCAAAUCUGCAGUAGUAAUUAGCAUGAGUCAUGAAUCAGGACUUGGCAUACUCAGAUUGACACUAAUUUUAGUAAGACAGGGUCACAAAGCAGCUUGGGUGGGAAGAAGGCUUGAGGAAGAGGGGAUGAGAAUAACAAGAUCCCCAAGAAUGUCUGAAUUUCAGCAAGCUGAUAAACAGAUCUAACAAAACAGGUGAGAGGAAGCAAAAAAGGAAGAGCAGUUAAUGGUAACAAAUAACUGCAUAAUUAACAAUUGCUUCAUUCAGUACUUUUCCACCCUCUUAGAUAAUCUGAAUCUUCCUGAAUUCAGUAUGUGCUUUCUGUGGCAAGCUGAAUAUACUGUAGUAUGAGAAAGGCUUCAAUUCUAUUUCAAAAACAAUGUCAAAUUCAAAGAAUUGUAUUGUAGAUGAUUAAAGGUAGUAAAAUUUU